UUAUUAUACUAUAUUAUUAUAUUCUAUAAUAUUCGAUAUUAUUACUUCUACAUUAUUAAGUUCACCAAUGCCGAGAUUUUGAAAAUCAAAAUCUUUAAAAUCGGUCUAUUUAUAAAUAUAAAUUUAUCAUUUGAAUCAUCAUUAUAAGUCAUACUAAUUAAAAUAAAACAUUUGUGCAUUUCAUUGUUGAAUAAUACAUAUAUGGCAAGGAAAACAUUUAUUUAAUCCGCCAUUAAAUUAUAUUACUUAAAAUAAAAUCUUUUUCUACUUGAUGUUAAGUUGUAUUAUCAGAAAAUAAAAAAAUCUUCAUUUUAUAUUAAUAUUCAUUUAAAUAAAUAUGCGUUUCAUCUAUUUGAAAUAGAACAAUGUGUUAUUUAUUGUUGAGUUAUACUACUACCUAACUUUUCCGCGAAAAAGUAGAGACUCGUAGCGGAGAUUUCUGGAACUAAUGCAUAGAUUUUUCGGUCAGUAUCCAGUGAGUUGGCACUCUAGUAAUACAGAAGUAUGUGUCUGACUUAGAACAUAUACUAGUAGUAUAUGUUCUAAGGGUGUCGUCACAUGGCACGUAUUUUCUGCGUAACGCGUAACCGCGUAACCAAUCAAAUCUUUGCCUGCAGAAGCUGAUAUCCAAAUGAAACAAUGUGAUUGGUUACGCGUUACGCAGAAAAUACGUGCCAUGUGAAUUCAGCCUAAGGUUAAUACUGAGUAAUACGUGGAGAAGCAGACACUCCGAGCCCUUUUGACACUUCUCUCUCAAGUCUCAGCACGAAGUCAUUGGGCAGAGUCGCUGUUUGUUCACGUCCUAGCAUGUUAGGAAAUUCAUUGAUUGUUGCAAUGACCUCUUGAGUAACGUUAGGGGAAGUUCCAUUUAAGUGGCCGUGUCAAGAACCAUCCUGUCAUUCUGUCUCUGUUGUACGCUGAAAUGUUGAACGGAGACGGAAUAAUGCUCAUGUCAACACGGUCAUCGAAUGGAAUUUACUCAUAGAGGAUUGUCAAGCCUGGAAAGUAUAUAUAGGUGGAAGCGGUGGAAGUCGGUGUGAGUCGUCGUAAAUAUGUGGUGUCAAACUAACCAUGCUGAGACGUGUUAGCAGCCGUAAAAAUUAGGAUUGCCGACGUAGUCGAAAGAUGGUUUCGAUCAUCAAGAAUCAGUUGCUGAAACACCUGUCCAGGUAAUGCCCGCGUAUUAUCGUCACCAAUUAUCGGCGAUUAACCUAAAAUACAGUUUUAUGGUCAAAAGACAUCUCAAGUGACACCUCACAAGUUGCACCCGUCCCAUAAAGUCACACGUCACAUUAUCCACUCCUUUCCUCCUCUCUUUGCCUCGGAGACAUUUGUCUUAGCGCCAACGUAACGUUGCUUUUUUUUCCUACACGAUUUCUACGUAAAUAUAAUAUUAGAUACAUUCAUCUAUGAAACAGCUGGAUGUAAGAGGAGAGAAAGUACUCUCUCUUUUCUUAUAAUUAAAGCAAUCAUCAUAUGGACACUGACAAAGAUUAUUCCUUGCCUCUCUGCAUUAGUGAAAGUUCCUCUCAUGUAUUAUCUGAAUCAGCAGUAAUAAGAUUCUCCAUGUAGAAUUUUGUAUUUAUGAUACUUAAUUUAUCUGCAUUAACAAGUAAUACGACCAUUGCUUUGUUUAAUUAAUUUGUUUGUUUUGCUUUGUUGCCUCGAUAGCUAAAUGCUGUAUUUAAUGCAUGUGUUGACAUAUCCGUCUUACACAUAUUGUAGGUUCACCAAGAACCUGUCUGCUGAUAAGAUAAAUUUGAGCACGUUCAAAGGUGAGGGAGAACUGACAAAUUUAGAACUCGAUGAAAUAGUCCUGACAGAUUUGCUAGAGCUGCCAUCAUGGUUGAGACUAACUAAUGCUUGGUGCAAUAAAGUUUCAUUUCGUAUACAAUGGACCAAACUAAAAAGUGUUCCCAUCUUUUUGAGUUUGGAUGAGGUUCAUAUAGAUGUAGAGACAUGCGAGGACUUGAGAAGUACGUCUUCCCCACAAGGUAUAUCGUCGUAUACUGGUCCCGCAAAAUAUUCUUUUAUACAUAAAGUAAUUGAUGGAAUAACAGUAGCUGUUAAUACCGUAUUGGUUACGUUUAAAAGCCCUGCAUUCAUUGCUUCAGUUCAGAUGAAUCGAAUUAUGGUAGAAUCCAAGUCAGCGACGUGGCAGCGUUGUGAUCUUAGAACCACUAGAGUAAAGGAUCCUGAUCGAGGGCAGCUGCUUAUUUUCAAAGAGCUAGAAUGGCAGACUGUUAGAAUAGAAGCUCAAAGUACUAAAGAUAAGAAUUUGACGCCUCUUCGUUUACUGACAAACCAAGCAAGAUGCCGGAUUACCAUAAAGAAAAGAAUAUCAGAUUGCUUCGUGAUGGGAUCUAGGCUGGUAAUUAUUCUGGACGAUCUUUUGUGGGUGUUAACGGACUCGCAAUUGAAAGCUGCACUUCAUUUUCUCGAUUCAUUGGGUGGUCUCAUCGAGAAAGCUACUGUUCUUGAACGAAAAACGAAAGCUGCAAGAAAAUUGGAGGUUUUACCGGAAUAUCAAGCACAGAUAUCUCAACAAAGCAGAACGAAGAGUCAGGUCAACACUGCGAUAUCAAAGAUAUUUACGAGAUAUGACGUUGUGGAGACAUCGUAUCAUUUUCUUUCGCAACGCAUUGAUCUUCAUUUAUGUGAUGAUGCUGGCGGAGGUAGAUCACUGCACCCCGAACUGAAGGAUGGUGGUGCGCUGCAAAUUUCAUUAGUAAAAUUUCAAAUUGAUUACUAUCCGUAUCACUUGGCAAUGGCGGACAGAAAGCACUGGGCAAAGUACAAAGAAAAUGCCACACCUCACAGCCAGUGGUUGCAGCAGUCGUUGAGCACGUUCCGAAGCCAGUUUAUGGAUCUCAUAGAUUCUGGCAGAACGCAACAACACUCUCCUCUAACGAGAAGUCAAGGAACUGUAACGGGCAGUGGUACGAAAGGCUCGAGAGAAAAUUUAGAAAAGAGCAAUCAAUCACAGAAUCCGAACGUGACUCCAUCUGAGCAGAAAAAGUCUCAACAUCCUAGUGGCAAUCCAGUGAAAAAUUACGUUUUGGAGCAGCUCGCCAAGCUCAUGACAACGUGCAUUAUUAUCAGAAUUGAUGAUUUUACCCUGUACAAAGUGACAACAACGUCGCGUAAUCCAUUACCGAAAGAAUUUAUCACAGCUCAAACGAGGAAGAAACAUAUGCCAGGUGAUCGUGAUAGAUUCAGUCUUCCAGAAGAUGUGACGAUACUUCAUGCAGAGUUUACGUAUUAUUAUUAUCCCGGGGACAUAACAUUUCCAUUGCCACCGCCGAAAUUUUAUGUGCAGCUUAAUCCGAUUCAACUCAACUUUGACGUUUGUUCGUGCCUCUGGUUCAACUCUUUCGCCUUGAAUCUUUAUCAUUCUCUCAUAGGGAAGAACAAGCAGCUGAGUUCCUCGCGCUUAAUGUACUUCGACGUAAAGAUAGAGGCUAUACUUCCAAGAAUAGUGUUCGAAAGCCAGCAAGAUUACCCGAAUCAGAAAGACAGGCCAAAGUCUUUGCACCUUCAGACGUCCAGGGCAUCGAUAACGAACGUUCGAUCGAUGGAGAGAUCUUCGAGGGCGGACCUGGCACAGUGCCUGAAUGCAUUCCAGAUGGGACAGAUGUUCUUCGGCGCGGAGUUUCCCAGCAAAUCGGGAGAUUUCCACGUUGUAACGGAUAAAUUCCUGGCGCAUUGCGGAGGCACCGAUAACAUCAGGCAGAUACCAUCGAACUUUAGCAGCAACUCUGUAAACGAGCUACUUAAACAGCUGAACAGGGAACUCUUGUGGACGGAGGCGAAGGAUGUGUGGUGCUGCAACUUGGAACCCGUGUGGGGAGACUUCUUCGGGGCACGGGCCGUCGGGCAGAACCGAUCCGUGCCUUUCUUGGACGCGUUUCCUCUAACGUUGUGGUGCCAUUUCGUGACGGAGCCGUCAGCUGCGGGAAAGUCUGCGAGCGCCGAUAUCCAUGGACUGGCGUACAUCGGCAAUUUAGUCAGCGUGCAGAUAAAUCAUUACCAAUAUCUGUUCCUGCUGAGAUUAUCGGAGAUACUAUCCGAGAUGGCCACGUAUCUGGCUGUGGACUCGAAUAAAAUCUUGAAGGUCGAAACCGGCGGCUCGCUAAUCGUGGGCGCGUUGAUACCGCAAGUGGAGGUGACGUUCGUGAUGCCGUCGCACACGCCCGGCAAGGAGAACUCUGGCGGCGAUCUCGAAUCCGUUAUGCCCGACUCGUCCAGCAUAGCGGACGAUUUUAUAGGCUCAUCGACGCCCUGGCACACCAGCACGGUAAGCGCGCGCGUCGAAUUCAGCGCUAAGAGAAUGAACACGAGCAACGACGUGGAGACACCUCAGAGCGAAGCGUCCUCGAUGCUGUCGAUGGAAUACUCGCAUUCCACCCCGGCGACGCAGCCGGUCGUCACGUUCAAGCAGAAUGGCACGAAGAAAGGCGAUCAAGAAGGUUCAGCGAAUGCAAUGUGGUGCAUUCCCGAGAAAUAUGGAUCACACCCUGUCAGCACGAACGACGAGAAGAAACUCGUGACGGAAAGCAAGCACAGCAAGUCUGACUCGGGCUCGAACACACCCUUCAUCCCGAACAACUUCAAUGUCAAUCUGUCGUCUAUGAAAAAGGGAUUCAGCAAUUUAAUGACGUCGAUUGACUCGGCUUUAAAGGCUUCCCCGGAAGACGGUAGCAGCGACACCGUGUCCAUGAGAAGCGACGUUAGCUCAGACAGCGAGAAUUACGUUUUGGUGAACCUGCAGGAUCAAGGAAAAAUCGACGCGGUAUUCGGCAUCGAUAGCACGAUUAGAAUAACGGCUGUGGAGGAGGCUACUGAAGUGGUGGAAGAAACGCCAGACACGCAGAGCGAAAAGUCUAUGGACAGCGUGUGCAAAAGGAAGGAUAUAGUUUCCAUGGCGACGUUCAAGCUGUCCAAAGUUGAAUUUAUACAACAGUCUUCUGGCUACUCUUCUGUCAUUAAGGUCCAAGUUUCUAACAUUGAUAAUGAUGAGUGUUCGUCCAUUCCUUGGGAUGAAUUUCAGGUCAAGAGAAAGACCAAGUUCAGCUCGCGAUCUCGAGGCUGGGUAGAGUUACCGUCCGAUUCUGACUGCAGAUCACGUAUUAAGUUACGUUUAGAUCACGUCUUGAAAAAUCCGGAAGAUUCCCGUAAACUGUGGGACGCCAGUCAAAAAGAUACGGGUGGCAGUAGUAUACGAGCAUCUCAAGACCGUGUUAGAUUGCCUGAGCAAGAUGCGUCCCGUAUACCCGGCAUCAAUGUGCAUGACAAAGAGAGUGUUAUGAAUUUAUUCGAGGACAAAUUAGAGAUUAAAGUCGCUAAUGUAGCAAUGGCGUUGUCGAUGAGCUCUGUGACGGGCUUAGCGGAUUUGGCAGAGGACGAGAUUAUACCUAAGCCAAUUCCCGUGCAGAUAUAUGUAGAAAAUAUAUCGUUACGUUUAAACGAAGAUCGUCCGCCAAAUAAUAUAACUUCCCCCGGCCCAAUCCCGAUAGAUUUGAAUAUUUCGAAACUUAGGAUAGCGCGGGACUUGAAUGGCGUAUUUCACAUUGAACCUAUUGUAAAUGCAACAGGCGAGAGUUCAAAUACGGCCUUACCGGGUGAUAACAGUCAUGCGUUUAAGAAUCCGGAAUGCGAGAGAGAACUGAAUGCCCUGAGACAAUCGAGUAAACAGUUAAAGUUGGACAACGAGGAGCUGAGGCGUCGCAUGGGUGCUCUGGAAAGAUUAUCGGAAGAAAACGCGAGAUUGAUGCGGGCGAAAGAGGAGUCGGACAUGAUCAGAAGCCGUUUGAGCGCCGCCGAGGAUGACAUCACGAGUCUUCUAGAAGAAAAGAGGAUCUUACAUGAAACGAUUAUGGAGUUGCGAAAUCAAAGACUGGAAAGCGGUCCUGGAGGUAGUAAUAGAGCUUCGUGGUCUAUUAAGAGAUAGCACACCAGUUGUUUCGAUUGCUCCAAGUGCUGCAGUUCUAACAAGUCUUAAUCCCAGUUAUAUAUCUUUUACAUACACACACCUGAAAUACAUUUUUUUUUGUUUUUUUUUCUUUGUUUUUGAUGAACGUAGGAUAAAUUUAUGUAAAACGAGAGAGAGACUUGAUUUAAAUCUGAUUUAAAUAAAAACGAUUGAUAUUAUGAUGUUUCAGCUUUGUAUACGGGUUAAUGGAAAUUAGAGUGCUCUGCUUGAAUUUUUCCGAAAGCGUUAAGCGAGAUCUACCACCGUUCUUUGAGACGCAUUACUCUUGUCUGCCCUUAUAUUACGCUAGUAAUAACUGCCGUUUCUAGAUCUUUUGCUUGAAACAUAAAGCACAGUGAUAAGAGGUAGAGUGCGUACGCAAACUUAAAAUGAAGGAUAUCAAACUUUCUUACUACGAGUACAAGGCGAUAAUGAAUUGCAAUACUAAUGUACGCUCCGUUUAAUCGUCAAAUUGGUGACAUGACCGAUGACAUGAAUGUCUGAUAAAUGAUUAAGAUCACGUGCAUGUACGCCGUUAAUGGACAGUGUGGUUGCGAGUAUGACUGUAUAUAUAUAUAUAUAUUAUUAUGUAUACAGAAAUUUUGUUACGUGUAUGUAUGCCUACGUAUGCGUACAUAUCCUUCUGAGACGAUGGCUAGUAGAGUAAAACUAGAAUAACGAAUAGCGAAGAAAUAUUUGUUUUUAGAUCUAGAUUAUAAGAUCUAGACUGACAACGAGACGUCUCACCUUGACGUCUCUCUUUUCACGUUUUUCUAUUUUAACAUAACGACGGUCGAGAUGUCUAGUGUGCGCGCUUGUAAUAAAACAUCAGGAGGAUAUGCAUGCCGACUUAUGCCGAGCGAUUACAAUACGCUAGUCACUAUAUUACAGAUAUUAAUUAACUUUAUGAUUGGCUUUGUGUCUCGACAUCGUUUCCGUGCGUGUAAUGGCUGUACGAGUACGUACUGUGAAGCACAAUGAUUUAAACUAAUUUAAAGAAUACAUAAUUGUAAUUUAGUAACACAAACAGAUAAACACACAUACACAUACACGCAUACAAAGUUGAGCCUAUACAUAGACUGUUUAAAUAGGAAUUGUGACCUGGCGAUAUCGCGUUAUAUCAUAUACAUAAUUUUCUAUCGACUAAUUUAACGAUGAAAAAUUAGAGGUAUCACGAUAUGAUGUAUUGUGAAAGAUUCCAAUAAGACUGUAUAAAAAUUUGAAGACGUUGGUCCAUAAUAGCCGCAACUAGUAUUUUCCAGCUAAUUUGUAUAAUACAAGUGUCCUGUAGCAUUGGUAAAUUUUCACUCAACGACCGACGUGUAAACGAAGGGAACUGUAAUACGAAAACGGAUUGCGAAAAACAGUCCCUUGUGACACGAUGUUGGAAUAAUAUUUUAAUUCACGAUCGGUUCUGAUGGUACAGCUUCCGUAGAGUUUUUCAUUUCGAUAGAUUUAGUUUCUACGACUAGGAUUGCUGGUCGAUCCUAAUGGAAAGUAUUUUUUCAAGUGCGUUAUAAAUAAUAGUUGACGCACUUGCGUGGAUAAAGUUCGUUUUACAGCAUAGAAAUUAUGCUCCUAAUAAAAUAUACUUCUGAUGUCUCGUAGGUACGCAUUUCCGACUUUUUCGAAUGGCUUCGAACGAUGCGUUUCCUCGACAGAUAUUUUUCAAUAAGCCAACGCAAGUGUGUUUGCGACGCGUCAUGCAUUAUAGAGAUGAAUUAUGACGACGAUGUAAUUGUUUAUGAUGAUAUAUAUAGUAAGAACUGGUUACACAAUACUUAACUAAAAUACAGUGGCCGGAGCUGACGCGGCACGCGUAAGCUUGACGAAAAGAAAGAUGAAAAUUGCAGUUUUUGUUAUACAGAGAGAUGGAUAAACUUUUAUAAUGCACAUAUCAUAAAACUUACAAGAAGGGAUUUGCUUAUAUAUAAAACGCUUAUGGUCCGAUAAUAUUUUGCGUUGCAAGAACAUAAGUUUUUAGUUGUAUCGAUGCCUUAUAUUUCUCCAGCUUAAAUCAACUUCCUAAAGUUUACUUAUAGUUUCUUUCUCAAAAUUUAUUUAUAAUUCCUUUCUCAAAAUUGCCUUAUAGUACUAAACGUUUCCAUUAUGUAAAGUUAGAAUUAUGCUAAAAUUAUCUUUGUAAUCCCCUUUAGAUGUUUUAGUUUUAAACCCAGUUUUUUCUGAUAGCGAAAUAUUUUGUAUAUUAUAAUUUUUUAUAUCUCAUUGUUUUAUGUAUAUAUUAAAUUUAAACGAAAGGUUGUUUCUUCUUCUUCCAUUUUCUUACAUAUCUAUGUAAAAGCUUUAAUAAAAAUAUAUAUAAAAGC